UGCGCAAAAUAGAAGUCAACACCGUCCGUACGCUGCUGCUGAUCGUGAUCGAAUUAAAUAUUGAAUUUGAACCAAACUUUGGGAUUAUUUUCAACAUCGAUGUGUAGAUACCAAGCUACGUUCAGUCACAAUGACGUCCUGAAUUCAUCAUAUUCUCCAACUGCAUCUCACAUGAUUAAAUCGGAUCUCCGUAAUCAACAUCACAUGUGUUUUUGAACCUUCCGAGGAAUUUGAUUCGUUGGAGUCAUCAGUUAACUGCCACACUUGGACGAGUAUAAGGGGAACGGCCUUCAAGGUUUCCAUCCACUAUUAUGACUGAUCGCGAGGCGCUCAAAAUGGCAGCAAAUCCGGGCCUCGCGAACCCCGGCCCGGCCCCCCUCGCGGGGUCCGAGGCCCACGACCGACUGGGCCUGUUCGCCACGCUGCAGCACAUACCGACGCUGCGGCGCAUCCGGCGUCUGUCGGUCCACGACCGCUCCAACAGCGAUUCCAACCUGGCCCACCCGGACCUGCAGCGCUGGUCAAUGUCCAGUCUGAUGGUCAACAAGCACGAGGUCACGCUGGAGCCGGACACCCAGCUCAUCGUAUACUGGGACAUCAAGGAUAGUGUCAGUGCGAGCGACUGGAUCGGACUCUACCUUGAAGGGAGUUUUGCAAGAGAGAAUUCACCGACCAAUUUUCAGAGCUUCAAAAACAGAGGACUAAGCGCAACUCACAAGGGGCAGAUCGUGUGGCACAUGGACUCAGAAACGUGCUUCAGAAAACCUGUCACCAGAGUUUGUUUCAAGUAUUACCACGGGACGACGGGGGAGCUCCGUGCUGUCACGCCGACGAUAACGGUCCGGAACCCGAACGCUAGCGAGACAGAAGACUCCACCCCAGACAAUGGACCACUCUUCAAUAUUUCCAUCAGUGAUCUGAAAGGCAUCGGGUUGAAGAAGGGUAUGUUCUUCAACCCGGACCCCUACAUCAAGUUCUCCAUCCAGCCCGGCCGGAAUCACAACCUGCCGCUGUCUGACAGUCAUUACGAUCAGGACCAGAGGACGUCCAUCGCUGAGAAAACAGUCAUGCCAUCGUGGGAUGAUCAGGAGUUUCACUUCAGAGCGGCCCGCACCGACGUCCUUGAGAUGGAAGUAAAGGACAAGUUUGUGCGAUCGCGGCCGAUCAUCAGUCGCUUUCUGGGUCGGUUGGCCAUUCCCAUCCAGCGCCUCCUGGAGAAAGCAGCUCUCGGAGAGCGGACAGUGACCUACAACUUGGCCAAACGGCAUCCCUCCGACCAUGUCAGUGGCUGCCUGACAUUCACAGUGGAGAUUGACCAGGAAGACAGCCCCGAGAAUGAAUCUGUUGCCAAUGGUGAUGAGGAGCACGUUGCAGAUCAUGUGACCCGGUCCGCAUCAGUCCCCGCCAUCGCAAGCCUACAGGAAGAGCUCGACUCCCGAAACCGGGCCGGCACUCUCCCUUCACCCACCCGCCCCUCGGCUGGUGCCCAUCACGCGGCCGCGGACCGAACAAUAUCAGCGCCUUCCACCUUCCACCCGGGCAGUGUUAUACGAGCGACCAAUGGCAGAGCACCCGAGACGCCGACGGAGGACAUAACGCAUCCAAUUACUCACGAGCAGCUGUCUGCUGCUGCACGGCAGACGAACACUCAAUCUAUCGGUGAUAUACAGAGUAUACAGUGUUCUUUAAUACUGCCGGACAAAGGCGCGUCAAACGAUAACGAUAGAGUUAGAGUGGGAUCAGUGAGGCACACCUCGCCGAGUAGACCGACCGAACUCAAAUUACUUAUACCUGGGUCAAAGGGCACGACCUCGCAACCUGAUGUCGUCGCGCCUGCGGUGGCCACCCAGACUUCCCCAUCGCCGCAACCGACUAGCGAUGCCCCAAAGGGGAGAACUAUGCAAGCCACGAGAUCUCAUCAAGCUAAAGCGCAAACUCCCGAUGUGGUGGAGGAAGCCAUGUUUCCGUUAACGCUGGACGAUUCCGAAUUGGAUCACGCUAGUGCAAGUAACGAUACACGAUCUGAGCUCUCGAACGAUUUGGACGAAGUAUCAGAUCGGCGUGCGUCAGCGGAUGGGAGUAGCCUAUCGCGUCGGUCGCGCGAGCUCCAAAACACGGGCUUGAGUUCCUCUUUGCCUUCCAAGCCACAUUCCACGUCGGCGUUGGCCGCAGAUCGCCUGCUUAGUAACGAGAACCUCGUCGCUCGCGCCUUUCUCAGUUCCUCCCCGUUGAGAAUUCACCAGUCCUCUUCCAACUCGCCCAGCACGUCGCCGCUUGGUUCUCCGGCAAGCAGGCGCCGCGCCAUCAGCGACAUUGCCCUCCAGAGAGAAAUUGAGGAGGAAGUCAGCCGACUACGGAUGCGUUCGUCGACAGCUAUGCCCAACCGCGAGCCGGAAACGCCUACCAACACUCCAGUCGGUACCCCGCAAGUCGAUUCCCACUUAACCGAGCACAGUGCUGUGGCGAAUGUGAAUCUGAAACAAGCCAGUGCAGACGUAACAGCUGUGCCCAAGAACAAGUCCACACAAGUGGUUAGACCGUCGGCAAAUUUGGCUGAAAAUACGGAAACUGUCGCUGCCGGUCCGAGGAACAAUAACAACAGCCAGACGCAGCCAGCGAACAGCGCAUCGGUGGAAACGGCGUCGGUUUCGAACGCCGCCGAUCCGACGAGCAUCGAGGGCGCCAGCACCACCUUAGUGACAAUGAGCCAGAACAGUAUUACCCAAUCAGAGGCUGGGAGUGAAGCCUCCCCAGAGGGCACGGUGUCGUCCCACGGCGACGCCCGGUCCACCACGGAGUCGGAGAGCUUCGAGUCAGGAACGAGUCACUCUGCGGGAUCAGAAUCCUCGGAUCUGAACGCAAGAGGAGGGGACUCAACCCAUCCUGACGAACAGGCGUCAGCAAAUGGGGCAGCCGGGAAAGGCGACAACGUCUGGCAACGUAGGAAAAAGUACAAGUCUUCUAGACCAAGUCUAAGAGUAAACAUCACGGGCGUUACCUCAGAUAGCACCGACAUCGAUGCUGAGCGCACCCCCACCACACCCGUACUCACCCCUCAGCGCGUGACUUACCAACGCUAUGAGCUACCAGUAGGCGAAGAACCCCUUCCUGAAAAUUGGGAGGCUCGUAUUGACCAAUACGGCCGCGUCUUUUACAUCAACCACGUGCAGCGCACCACGACCUGGACCAAACCAAAGAUCAGCAACGCUACCCAGCAGGAGCACCAAGACAGAGACUCCAGACAGAGCAGGCAGCAACUCGACAGAAGAUACCAGAGCAUCCACCGAACUCUGCAAAGACAAGACAACGUUUUAGAAGAGAGCUCGUCCGCUUCAACAUCGACAGACAGCAUUCCAGAGAUUCAGUCCCCUAGAGGGCGCCAUUCGUUCCUGGAGGCACCGGCCGUCAAGUUCAUCACCAGACCGGACUUCUUCACUAUCCUGCAUUCUAAUGCUGAAGCCAAGCAGAUGUUCCAGCGUAACACCUCGGUCAAGCACAUGGUCAAUCGCAUCCGGCGAGACCCGGGCAAGUUCUCGGACUACCAGCACAACCGGGACCUGGUGGCGUUACUCAAUCUGUUUGUGGAACAACAGGCCGAGUUGCCCAGGGGAUGGGAGAGCAAGCACGACAAGUCUGGCAAGGUGUUUUUCAUCGACCACACGUCCCACUGUACCACCUUCAUCGAUCCCCGUCUUCCCUUAGAGGUGACUGAUCCGACGGCCAGUCUGCUCCAAGCCCCUAGCAGGGGGCGGAUGAGAAGCCGUAGUGAAGGGGAGGGCAUCAUCGAUGCCGCUAACGAAGCAAACUCCGCAGCCGGAGCAGCGUCGGGUCUCACAAGGAACCAAUCAGGUCCUCCGGUUCAGCCGCGGCCCGUGGAGACGCUACGGGGAGACCAGCCCACUAGAGGCAAGGAUGAAGCUGUUCCAAUGGCAUAUAAUGAGAAGGUGGUGGCAUUCCUACGGCAGCCCAACAUCAUGGAUAUCUUGAAGGAACGCAAGGGAGACCUCAGCACCAACCCUAAACUCAGAGACAAGCUACAUCUCGUCAGGCAGGAGGGCAUCGCGGCCCUGGAGAGACUCAGCAACGACGUGGAGCUCAUCAUUCUAUUGAGUCUGUUCGAGGAUGACGUCAUGAGCUACACAACCACCGUGCCUCAGGCUGCCUCUCAGCUCCGCUCCUCCCUGGCCAACAUCUCCCCACACAACACGCCCCAGCCGUCUCCUCACUCAUCGCCAGUAGUGAGCCGGGCCAACGCAAGAGCCCCCGCACCGUAUCGCAGAGACUUCGACGCCAAACUACGUGGGUUCUACCGGAAAAUGGAGGCCAAGGGAUUCGGGCAGGGACCGACCAAGUUGAAGCUUACGAUAAGACGAGACCACCUUCUUGAAGACGCCUUCGGCAAGAUCAUGGCCAUCAGCAGGAAGGACAUCCAGAAAUGCAAACUCUUCAUCUGCUUCCCUGGAGAAGAAGGGUUGGAUUAUGGCGGCCCGUCCCGAGAGUUCUUCUUCCUCUUAUCCCGAGAGCUCUUCAACCCAUACUACGGCCUGUUUGAAUACUCCGCCAUCGACACCUAUACCGUACAGAUCAGCCCCAUGUCGGCCUUUGUGGACAACUACCUAGAUUGGUUCCGUUUCUGCGGCCGCGUGAUCGGCCUCGCCAUCAUCCACCAUUUUCUCCUGGACGCGUUCUUCACCCGUCCCUUCUACAAGGCCCUCCUGCGAUCAGCCAGCCACCUCUCGGACUUAGAGUCCCUGGACGCCGAGUUCUACCAGAGUCUACUCUGGACGAAGGAUAACGACAUCACAGAUGUCUUGGACCUUGCGUUCACUGUCGAUGAAGAGACUUUCGGCCAGUUGGUUGAGCGGGAACUCAAGCCCAACGGCAAGAACAUCCCUGUGACAGAGAAGAAUAAGAAGGAGUACAUUGACAGGAUGGUGAAGUGGAGGAUAGAGCGAGGGGUGGUGGACCAGACCGAUAGCCUGGUCAGAGGGUUCUAUGAGGUUGUGGACACCAGGUUGAUCUCCGUCUUCGAUGCCAGAGAACUGGAGCUGGUCAUAGCUGGCACGGCAGAAAUUGACAUCCACGACUGGCGGAAACAUACCGAGUACAGAGGAGGUUACCAGGAUAAGCACCAUAUCAUCAAUUGGUUCUGGACGGCGGUGGAGUGUUUUGACAACGAGCGGCGACUGCGGCUGCUGCAGUUCGUGACCGGCACGUCCAGCAUCCCUUACGAAGGGUUCGCGGCUCUGAGGGGCAGCAACGGGCCGCGGAAAUUCUGCAUCGAGAAGUGGGGGAAAGUCACAAGCCUUCCAAGGGCCCACACUUGCUUCAACCGACUGGACCUCCCUCCCUACACGUCCUAUGCAAUGCUGCUGGAAAAACUGGUCAUUGCGGUGGAAGAAACGAGUACAUUCGGAAUAGACUAGACCCCAAAUGUGUGAUCACACGAUUCUCCAUGGACAUACUGCACACCUUGAAGCUGUAUCGUUUGUAAACACAGGCAAGAUUGGCCUCCACUAUACCCUGACCUCAAA